AUGCAGGCAUCUACCUGGAACAAAACUACAAACUCCCUAAACUCCCAUCCCCUGACGAAAUCGGCUCCAAAAUCCAAGAGUUCCUUGAAACGAGGAAAAAAGAAUAGAUUCGUGUGUUUUAUAGAUUUUCACUUUAUCGGGUUAAAGCAUUACAUUAAUCAUAUUCUUGUACGUGAUUCAUAUAUUAGCGUUUUCAACGUUUUCAUAUUGUUUUCGGAUCAGUUGUAUUGACAUUGUUUUAGAUGCCCGAUCAUAAGAGUGGGGCCGCAGGAAAUCGUCGGCUCGAGCAAGAGCUUGUCGAGAAUGAGCGUCCGAUAGCCAUCCGGGCGUUGAAUGUUUUCCUACAAGUGUUUUUCUUCUUCUACGAUGCAAUUGUAUUCAUUCCUUUCAAGAUUUUUGCUGACCCCGAGAAGAAAGUUGCUCGAUCAGAAAGAAUCAAGGUAAAUAUCUUUUCUGUUUCAAUUGUUAAUUCAAUUUUAGGCUCGUCCGUCCGUUGAAGGUGAUCCUUCGAGCGGCUGGCGUCAUGUGGAUACUAUUGGACGAGACCUUCUUUCUAAUAUUUUUCCCGGAUGUAAAACUUUGGGAGAUAUUUGGGAUCGAAAUGCGAGGUAAUUGCCCCGUUUUUAUCAAUACUGAUUUUUAGGGAGUACGGGCCGUUGAAUUGUAUGGGCACACGCCAGGUACUGGAAGGCGAAGAGAUCCAAAAAGACGGAAAGGUCUUCCAGCAACUUACUCUUGGCCAAUACGACUUUGAAACGUUUGCGGGCGUCAACAGUAAAGUCGAAAGGAUUACGCGCGGUCUGAGUUCAUUUGGGUUAAAGAAAGGUGAUCAUGUUAUCAUCUUUGCCGAGACUCGUGCUGAGUGGAUGCAAUCUGCUUUGGCAUGCUUUAAAUGCGGAUUUCCAGGUUCGUUUUGUUGAUUUAUUUAUCGAUUUUUUAUUCAUGUUCUCUAUGUAGUUAUCAUUAUUUAGUUAUCACCGUGUAUGCAACUCUUGGAGAUGAAGCUGUUGCCUACGCCAUGAAAGAGUGUGCUGCCAGGGUCAUCUUUACGACGAGGAAUCUUCUAAGUAAAGUUGACAAGGCUUUGGCUUCAUGUCCCUCCAUCGAUACCAUCAUCUACUACCAAGAGCAUUAUAGAAUUACUGGUGAUUCCGGGUUGGCCUCAGACGCACAGAAGAAUCGCUUCAAGGAUAUCAACAAGAAGUUGUUUUCCUUCGAGGAACUUUUAGAUCAUGGUGAAGGCCAAGACGAUGUUGUGGCUGAUGUGAAACCAGAUGAUUUGGCUAUGAUUAUGUAUACAAGUGGCACCACCGGAAAUCCUAAGGGAGUUAUGUUGUCUCACAGGAACAUUAUCGCUGGUAUAUCUGGUCAAGGAAGUGUUUUGACAGUCAGGUAAUUGUUUUGGGUUUCUUCAUUUUUUUUUGUUUUUAGUCAGGAAGAUACUUUUAUUGGAUACUUGCCACUGGCCCAUAUUCUGGAGGUCGCCGCGGAGUUGGUUAUCUACAGCAAAGGAGCCUGUAUUGGGUAUUCGUCUGCCCAAACCCUCUUCGAUCGAGCUGCCAAAAUUAAGAAAGGGACAAAGGGAGACUGUGCCGUUCUCAAACCAACAUUGAUUGCAUGCGUACCUGCUGUUAUGGAUCGUAUCUUUAAGGCAGUCACUGAUGAAGUCAAGUCGAAGUCUCCAUUGUUCAGGGAAGUUUUCAGAAUCUGUUAUGAGCGAAAGAGAGCCAGAUACGAAGAAGGUUACGUUAGUUUGGUCAUGAAUAAGUAAGUUGGCAUUGUAGUAAUUGUUAUUGUGGGUUUAGGCUGGCUUUUCACAAAAUCAGCAAACUUCUUGGAGGAAAUCUUCGCUAUGUAUUAUCCGGAGGUGCCGCUUUGAAUGCCGAAACACAGAGAUUCAUGAAUAUCUGUUUCUGUUGUCCCGUUGUUCAAGGUUACGGAUUGACUGAGACGUGCGGUGCUGCCACUUUGGCCGAUGGUAAUAACGUCCUUUUGAUUGAUUAUAUUUUUAGAGCACGAUUUGAGCACUGGAUCUGUCGGUCCUCCAUUGCGAUGCUGUGAAAUCAAACUGCGAGAAUGGCCUGAGGCCGGAUACAGUCCCAAGAAUGAACUCCCUCAGGGUGAAAUCCUUCUGAAUGGUGAUCAUAUUGCUCUCGGAUAUUACCACAACGAAGAGAAGACCAAAGAAGAUUUCAUUUACGUUGAUGGAAAGCGGUACUUUGCCACUGGUGAUAUCGGAGAAUUCCGUUGGGACGGAUCUUUGAGAGUAAUCGGUACGUACUCAAUUCAGUAGCCUUUAUUUUUUAGAUCGGAAGAAGGAUCUCAUCAAGCUUUCUCAUGGAGAAUAUGUGUCAUUGGGAAAAGUAGAAACCUAUCUUCUGACGAAUCCUUUGGUGGAUAACAUCUGUGUAUAUGGAGAUGCCGAGAGAGACUUCCUGAUUGCAUUAGUUGUUCCCAACCAAAAGAAUCUCGAGAAGUUGGCGGAGCAGGUAACGUUUAUGAUAUUAUUUUUAAAAUUUCUGUUGUACUUUUAGAACGGGAUCAAAGGAGAUUGGCAGGAAAUUUGUGAAAACAAAAGGACGGCUGACAUCGUGACCAAAGAACUCUCCAACUUUGUGAAAUCCAAAUUACAGAGAGUGGAGAUGCCCAGAAAAGUAGUUUUGUGUCAUGACCCCUGGACUCCAGCCUCAGGGCUUCUAACAGAAGCGCUGAAGUUGAAGCGGAAGAAUAUCGAAAAGGCAUUCCAGAAAGAGAUAAAGGAAGCUUAUGACGACUGA